CAGCGGUUUGUUGUUCGAUACUUCUUCUUCUUCUUCUGCAUGAUGAUGGAUUCACAAUCUUUAACGGGUUCAAGCGAUAAUUCUAUGGUAACUAGGCUUCACUUUUGUGUAGAGCUGUUUCUCCUCCUCUGCUGAUGUCGAACUCCUACACGGCAAUCAACCAUCUUCCUCCUCCUUGCUCUGACCCUCAAAACCAUCUGCUAUCUCUGAUCGGAGCAUGCACCGGAAAACUCCAUCUCCGGCAAAUCCACGCCGUCCUCCUCCGCUCUUCCCUCAUCCGCAACUCCGACGUCUUCCACCACUUCCUCUCCCGCCUCGCACUCUCUCUUCUUCCCCGCGACAUCGGUUACUCUCACCGGGUUUUCUCCCAGAGGAACAACCCCAGUGCCUCCCAUUGGAACACAAUGAUCAGAGGCUACUCCGCCAGCCAAGUCCCUCUGGAAGGGUUUCGCUUGUUCCAGGUGAUGAGACGGAGGGGCUUACCGGCGAACCCGCUCUCCUCGACCUUUGCCCUCGGGUGCUGCGUCCGAUCUGCUGACUUAUUCGGUGCUUUGCAGAUUCAUGGGAAGAUCUUCAGAGAUGGGUUUCUGUCUGACAGUCUUCUGUUGACGACUUUGAUGGAUCUGUACUCCGUUUGUGGAAGGAGCGACGAAGCAUACCAAGUGUUCGAUGAAAUUCCUCACAAAGACACCGUUUCAUGGAACGUAUUGAUCUCAUCUUACUCGAGAAACAAACGGACUCGUGAUGUUAUGGGUUUGUUCGAGAAUAUGAAGAAUGGUGAGACACCACCGGAUCGUGUCACCUGCUUGCUCGUUCUUCAAGCCUGCUCCAAUCUCAAUGCUUUGGAAUUCGGGGAACGAGUUCAUACUUACAUCGACGACAAUGGAUUCAACGAUGAUGUGAAGCUGAGCAAUUCUCUCAUUUCGAUGUAUUCUCGAUGUGGGUGUGUGGAUAAAGCUUACAGUGUAUUCAGUGAAAUGCAGAAGAGGAACGUCGUCUCGUGGAGUGCUAUGAUCUCAGGUUUAGCCAUGAACGGGUUCGGUAGAAAAGCCAUUGAGGCUUUCGACGAAAUGGUUAAGGCCGGAAUCCACCCAGAUGAACAGACAUUCACUGGAGUCCUGUCGGCUUGUAGCCACUCAGGUUUGGUCGAGGAAGGAAAGAUGUUUUUCGAGCAAAUGAGUAGCGAAUUCGGGAUAAAACCGAAUCUACAUCACUACAGUUGCAUAGUAGAUCUUCUCGGACGUGCCCGUCUGCUCGAUGAGGCCUACGAUCUUGUAACGUCGAUGGAAACGAAGCCGGAUCCCACCAUAUGGCGAACAUUGCUCGGGGCAUGUAGAGUUCAGGGCCAUGUCGAACUCGGCGAACGUGUGAUCUCUCAUCUGAUCGAACUCAAAGCCGAAGAAGCUGGAGAUUACGUUCUGUUACUCAACAUGUAUUCUUCGGUCGGGAAAUGGGAGAAAGUGUCCGAACUGCGAAGUUUCAUGAAGGAGAACGGAAUUCAGACCGUACCCGGCUGCAGCACGGUAGAGUUGCAAGGAACAGUCCACGAGUUCGUGGUGGACGAUGUCUCGCAUCCGAGGAAGGCCGAGAUUUACGGAAUGCUCCGAGAGAUCAAUCAGCAGCUGAGGAUCGCGGGUUAUGCGGCUGAAGUGAGAUCAGAGCUGCACAAUCUAGGGUCGGAGGAAGAGAAAGGAGAGGCGUUGUCGAACCACAGCGAGAAACUAGCCAUCGCCUUCAGCAUUCUCAUGACCCCACCGGGAACGACCAUCAGGGUCGCCAAGAACCUCAGGACGUGCGUCGAUUGCCAUACUUUCGCCAAGUUUGUGUCUGACGUCUACGGCCGAGCCGUGAUCGUCAGGGAUCGUUCCCGGUUUCAUCACUUCAGGGAAGGGCGAUGCUCCUGCAACGACUAUUGGUGAGUGCAGAUUCAACAGGCAGAGUUAUGUUGUCAACAGGGACCGAUUCAACAUGUGAGUUAUACACAUCAUCUUCGGUGGUUUAGAUUAUGUUUUCUUCUAUGUAUCAUCUUUCGCAUGUGCCAGAUUGUAUUCAUUUGGAAUGAGAUUUUGCUCUUCAGACAAUGAACAGCUAACUGUGAUCCCCCCCCUUUUCUUCCUUCUCUAUCUCUGAAUAAAGCGCGCUUUUGUCG